CGCUCUCAGUAGUUUUAAUUCUUCGCGCGCGAAGCCUGUCUGUUUGAAAGUCUUGGGACAUCGAACUUAGUUUACAAAAGUUACUAAGUGUAAGAAACUUCUAAAACAAAAAGAAACAAUACAGUUAGAAAUUGUCUGUUAAGUGAUUGGUGCAAGUUAGGUAUUAGGAACUAAGCAUUAAGAGUUUAUUUUUAUUAUUUUUGUUUGAUCAAGAGUAAUAGUAGCGUGUGAAUAGUCAGUGUUUUGGUGAGAAAUUAAGUUGUGUGUAGAAAUCGUACGAGUUUUACGUCCCAGACCGGUUCUUGUAUCUAAACAGACAAAAUGUUGCCUCGAAAACGAAGCGUGAAGCUGAUGCUGAUAACAGUACUAUCACUUGUCAAAUAUUCACAACAGUAUGGAUCUGGAGCACCGCCUUUGGCCUGCCAAGACCAGCUACCCAGACAUGGCGGCAUCCAAGGCCAGACCUCAGUACCACCAUACGCGAUCUUCACAUCCACUGCACAAGUCAGACAGGGUGACACCCUCAACGUCACCAUUGGUAGUCCCUUCGGCGCACCCACGCCUAUUGGAGGCUUCCUCUUGCAGGCCCGAGCGAUACAGGAGACUGACAAAAUAGUGGGCAUGUUCACCAAAGUCCCUAGCCCCGCGAUGGCAAAGAUCACCAGCUGUCAGGGGCCCAACAACACCGUUACUCACACAUCACCAGAGGAGAAGCCGCCCCUGACCUUCGUGUGGCAAGCGCCCAAAGACUUCCUAGGCGGGAUCGAGUUUAGAGCCACAGUAGCUCAAGGCUACGCGACGUUCUGGCGGAAUGUGGAGUCGCCGCUGGUGGAGGUGGUGACGCCCGACACCGAGAUCGUCACCACCGAGCCUUCCUUCACCACGAGGAGGCCUGCGCAUCUUCCGCCGGUCAUGAUAGAGAACAAGCCAACCACAACACCAGCUCCAUUCGACUUAAUCUACCAAGGAUGCACGGACACCAAGCUCUGCUUCGGCGUGCCUCAGAACUGCAUCCAAAGCGGAAACUGCAAAGCCAUUGUAGCAGUGUUCGUUGCUGGCGACUCUUACACUUUCGAAAUCCAGGGAACUGACAAUCCGAAGUAUAUCGCAGCCGCUUUGAGUAUGGAUAGUAAAAUGGGAGACGAUAGCGCUAUGGAAUGUGUCAGGAAUGACAAUGGAAGAGUCAAUCUGUUCACUUCUUGGACUUAUCCUAAAGUGGAACCUUACGUCAAGAGGUCAGAUUCUCCUCAAAACAUAGUGCAGUUGUUAGAAUCUUCGACCAUUGACGGAAAAUUGUACUGCAAGUUCAAAAGAGAUACGGUCUCGACGGUGAUGGGACAGACUUUCGAUUUAGCGAACAACCGUUACAAUUUGAUGGUUGUUUCUGGAGAUUCUAUGAAAGAGGCAGACCGAGUAGGCUUCCACAGCCUGGCAUACGAAGCGACGGGGACGCCUCUGUCGCUGGCCACGGUGGGCGCGGCCGCGGGCGGCUCCAAACUACUGCUGAAACUGCACGGAAGCUUCAUGAUCACCGCCUGGCUCGGCGCUGCUUCCCUCGGCAUCGUACUUGCUAGAUAUUUCAAAAAGACUUGGGAAGGAAAAACUCUUGGAGGCGUAGACAUUUGGUUUGCUUAUCACAGGAUCCUGAUGGUGCUGACGUGGGUGCUGACAGUGGCCGGGUUCAUCCUGAUCCUGGUGGAGGUGGGCGGCUGGCAGACGACGGGCGACAACCCGCACGCCAUCACUGGCAUAGUCACCGUUUUGCUGUGCUUCAUACAGCCUAUUGGAGCAUUCUUCAGGCCGCACCCGGGCACUAAGAACCGGCCCAUAUUCAACUGGUUGCACUGGCUCGUUGGAAACUCCGCGCACAUUUUAGGAAUCGCUACGAUCUUCCUGGCAGUGUACCUGCAGAAGGCGGAGCUGCCGCCGUGGACGGUGUUCGUGCUCACUGCUUACGUCAUCUUCCACGUCUUGACUCACGUCGUGCUAUCGUUGACGGUAUGCGUAUCCGAAGGUCGGAUAAGCAACGGCAGAGUAAAUUCCUUCCCCAUGAAAGACAUGCUGGGCCAGUCCCGACAGGUCACUGCGGUCGACAGGAGUUCUGAUGCUCCGUUCGCGGGCUUCAGGAAGCACCUACUCGGAGUGUACGCGCCGAUCAUCCUGCUGUUCGUGAUAGCUAUGAUCUGCCUCGUGGCUCUGGCGCCCAUCGGCAGCACAUACAAUAACUUGAUGGGCUCUUAAUUUGUCAGUGGUACAGUCAGCAUCAAAGCUAGGAUUGCACGGGGCGCUUCUAAAAUCAAUGAUUACACCCGCCAUUACAAGCGAUUAUGGGCGGUUGCAUACCUACCUACUUUGUUGCUGAUGUAGGUACAUCUGAUUUUGAACGCAACUAAAUUUUAGAGUAUUCGCAUCUUUCUUACCAAUGUAAUAAGAGGAGGACAGACAGACCUAAUUUAAUUUAGAACUGUCUAACCUCGUGAGUUUAGGUGCCAGUCGUGAGCCUAUUGUUUAAAUUUAGUCUUUGAAAUUUAAACUCAUUUUCCGUCCUUUUAAGCAAAAUUAAAAGGAAAGAGAUGCAGAUACUCUUAAUUUAGUUGGGAGAAAAACCUCCUUAACCGCACAGUAGACGAUUUCAAAAUAAGCAAAUGGUCCCAGGUUCAAUUCCUGGUAAGUCAGAUUUAUUGGAUUGAUUUAUCGCUAAACCAGAAGUCUAAAGGUGCAGACGAACUACUGUGUUGUAAUUGCAACGCUCUCUAUCAUGCAUUUCGACCACGUGCUACUCCAAGUCAUUGAUGUAGAUCAAUAAAAGCGCGACAGAAUCGUCUUCAUAUAAAAUGUAUGAUUUUGACUCCAAUCGCCUUCUGUCAUAUCACAACAUGCUACGACCCCAAAGUGUGUCUGCACCUUAGACUUUUCAAGCGAUUCAGAGUUCUGAUAAAAUAUUACAUUACAGUACUAACACUUUUAUAAGUUACGUCGAUAUAUCGGCGCAGAAAUCUUGUUUUUGAAUGGCGCGAAAAUAUCACAACCAAUCAUAGCGCGCGUCUGACCGCUAUUGGUCCGCCUACGCGCCAUGUUUUUAUAAAUAUGUAUUAUGAGCGAAAUUGCACCAUUCUGUUGUUAUUGCUUUUAAAAUCUUAACGUCAAACAGUAAGGUUUCAAUGGUGUACAUUCGGUUUUAGUCGGCGUUAGGUUGCGCUUUUCUGCGCAUAUAAAUUUUUAUAAUGGGACUUAUAAAAGUGGUAGUACUGUCUCUAUACUCUAUCCACGGGAAAAAAUUAGUCUAGGGCUCUCUUUGUAACGUAAUCCUAUACAAAUGACAGAAAGAAAAAUCUAAGCGGGCGUCAACCAUUUUGUGGCACCAACCAAUCACAAACGUUCUAAUUGAAUUUAGAAUGUUUUUUAAAAACAUUUUCGAAUUAAAUUUCGAAUGUUGAAAACAUCGUUACACAAGGUGUCUUCUGACACAGAAAUAGUUCUCCUACUGCUAAAAGAAGGCUCCAACUUUCCAGAGAUACUUACUGUAAAGUAAGUUGGUGCCAAAAUGGUAAACGCCCACUCAGCUUUUUCUCUCUGUCAUUUGUAUGGGAUUAUGUAACAGAGAGAGCGCUAUAGUAACUCCUUUCCAUGGAUAGCUGUAAAAUCAAACACGUGGAGCGAGUUAUCGACUCUUAUUAAUUUAUGUACAGGGUUCGAAGUAUAAGAAAAAGUAUUAAAGAAUCGAAAUGAUCAAAGUUUCCGUCCAUUUUUUAAAUAUUAUAAGUACCUACUUAAUAUUUAUAUAACUUUAAGGGGGAAUAUAAAUAGCAGUAAAUACAGUAAUAAUAUAAAUACUUAUCUCAUCGAAUCUGCCCAAAGAAAAUAGGUAAGUAUUGUUACAAAGAGAAUAUUAUCUUUUACCUAGUUUGUUGUAAAAUCAUUAAGGUCAUCUUGAUAAACAAUUAACAAGUAUUGAUUUCGUAACGGUUUUAUUAGCAACCAAUACGCCAUCGAUUUCACCAUAAUCAGUUCAGUUAGGCUCAAAGCAGAUUAGCACACAGUCAAAGCGCAACAACGCGUACUUCCUUAGAACAUAUCAAUGUUCCUCGAGGUGUUUAUAUGAAACAGUCACUAAAAUUAAUUCGACACAAUUUAAACCAAGAGAUAUCCACGCGCGUAAGCAUGCUAACCCGUACAUAACCCGACCGAGAUUGACUAACGUCCAAAAUUAAAAUCAAUCUAUAUGUAAUCUGUCGAUAAGUUACUUAGCAACUUUGUUAUUUGUCGAAAAUUGUACAGCCGUUUUUGACAAAUAACAACGUUGUUAAGUAACUUAACCACAAGUUAAAGAUAGAUUGAGUAUUAAUUUUGCCGUAAGACAGUGCGGUUUUCUUACAGGCUAAUAACAUGAGUUUCGUGUUGUGUCAGUAGCAGCUAUAGUCUCUAAGUAUGCUGAACUUCAUCUCGACACAGUAUGUAAAAAAACAAAAAUAGCGCCGCUUACAGUUGGUUUUGCAGCUCAUUUGAAUAUGGAAUACCUUGGCUAGUUCGGUUUUCAUAUUAUCGUUUUUACACUAGCCAUCACCGCUCACCGAGCGGUGAAGUGCUAGGAUUAAACAUUGGAAAAAAAAUAGUGUUGUUGCUCUUCGAUUUUCACCAAUGGGCUUUGAGCUUUAAAAAUUAAAUUCACUGACCGUCGCCUGUGAUGUGGUAAAAAUAGUAGUAACUCUCGAUAUUUGCACGAUAGUUCAAAAUAAUGUAAAGU